UUUAUCUAAGAUUUGUUUAUUUUGUUUGACUCUAACAACCCUUCUAUUUAAGGUCAGCUAUGGGCAGUUUGUUCCUAGUGCAGCAGGCAAUAGGUUGGUGUCGUGUUCGGCUGCCCGUGGUUGUAACUCAGAGAUUCUGUACCAUGUCUUCUCAAAGACAUUGGGUGUCUCCUCCUGCAUCUCUACUACAGCCACUAUCUGUCCCAGACAGAUUAUUACUAGGACCUGGGCCUUCCAAUUCUCCUCCACGGGUCUUGACUGCAGGUAGCCGACAGCUCAUAGGACAUCUACACAAAGAGUUGAUUCAGAUAAUGGAUGAUAUUAAGGGGGGAAUCCAGUAUAUAUUCCAGACACAGAACCCUCUCACACUGGCUAUCAGUGGCACAGGCCACUGUGCAAUGGAAGCCGCCUUCCUGAAUUUGGUGGAACAGGGAGACAAAGUCUUAGCAGCUGUGAAUGGAAUUUGGGGAGAACGAGCAACUGACAUCGCAAGCAGACUUGGAGCUGAAGUACAUCAAUUGGUAAAGGCUCCUGGAGAAUAUUUUACUUUAGAAGAAAUAGAAAGGGGCUUGAUGCAGCAUUCGCCCUUUUUAUUUUUCAUCACACAUGGAGAAUCAUCCACUGGAGUAGUUCAGCCACUGGAUGGCCUGGGAGACCUCUGUCACAGAUAUAAUUGCUUGCUACUGGUAGAUGCUGUGGCAUCAUUAGGUGGCACUCCAAUACUUAUGGACCAGCAAGGUAUUGACAUUCUGUAUUCUGGCUCCCAGAAAGUUUUAAGUGCACCACCUGGUGCUUCUCCCAUUUCUUUCAGCAACAGAGCCAGAAAGAAGAUUCAUACUCGGAAGACAAAGCCAAUUUCCUUUUACCUGGAUAUGGAAGAGCUAUCUGCAUACUGGGGCUGUGAUGGUAAUCCAAGGAAAUAUCAUCAUACUGCACCUAUUAGCACAUUCUUCUGCUUGCGAGAAGCUUUGGCAAUUUUUGCAGAAAAGGGACUAGAGACUUCCUGGAAGCUUCAUAAAGAAAACAGCCUCUAUCUCUGUGCAGGACUGCAGAAGUUGGGUCUCAAACUCUUUGUGAAAGAACCAGAUGCAAGACUUCCAACAGUCAACACUAUCUUUGUGCCCGAGGGGUAUGACUGGAAGGAAAUAACUGAAUAUAUUAUGAAAAAUCAUGAGAUUGAGGUCUCUGGAGGUCUGGGACCUUCAGCAGGCAAGGUUCUUCGCAUUGGAUUGAUGGGCUACAACUCCACUAAACCCAAUGUUGACAGAGUCCUCCAUGCCAUAGGAGAGGCCCUCCAGCACUGUCUCAAGAACAAACUCUGAGCUCUUUUCACUUUCACAUUCUUCAAUCUGCUUUGUGCAGAAGCUUCUACAGUUCAUUCGUCAAGAGAGCACAGAUAAUUAACCAAGGUGUUGGAGGCCCUCUGCACAAGUUUCUUAAUUGCAUAGUUCAAAAAUACAUAUGUAGUUACAGCUUACAUUUUACACAAGGAUAAAAUCUGUUUUCAUUUCAAUUAAUUUUUACUCACUAAUAUAAUCAAAUUAUAUGCAAACUACUAAGUGGGAAUUUGGCUUGUGUCAUUCCUUUUGCAUUUCUUCACUGAAUGUAUAGUCUUGUGCAAAGUGACUAAUGUUUACACCAUAGACACUCUGCAUAGCAUACAGGUAUUAUCUAA